GCCGCAGCCACGUCAGUGUGCCGAGCCCGCCAAGAUGGCCGCUGCCUGUGAGGGGAGAUCCGUGAGGGACGCGCUGCAGCCGGCCUGGGCCUUGUUCCUACUGCUGCUCCUCGGCCCGGCCUGCGCCUACGCGGGCAACAGUACGGCAGAAGAUGUGGAGCAGUCUGAGAAAAACAUUACUUCCAACAGUGAAAUGGUUAUUAAAUCUUUGAUGCCAACAGCCAGUCUACAAAAUUUGACAACGAUACCAAAUAAAGAGUUGCCCUCAGAAACUCCUAGAAACCUUUCUGCUGUCACACUUAAACCAGCUGUGGGAAAGGAUGACUUAGCUACAUCUGUUACUGCCCAUUCUACAACUGUGAGUCCAAUCUUGCAAAUGGAUGUUGAUGCUUCUGAAGAUACAAAAAUUGAUGAAGAUGAUCUUAUAACAGAUUUCAAAGAUGCACUGAAUAGUUCUCCACCAUUGGUAAAAGAAAUUACUGAGCCUGAGGAUGGUGAAGACUAUAACGCAUAUGAGAUGACAUCCAAUUCCAAAUUCAAUUCAGACCUUCUAGACUUGCCAGAAGAUGAUGACUCUGAUACCAUUAGCAUCUAUAAUGAGGAUGUGAAAUCCCUUGAAGACAAGAUAAAGGACUCCUCUGUAACAGGACUGGAAGAAGAAGACAGCCAUUUCUUUUUCCACCUAGUUAUAGUUGCCUUCGUAGUAGCUGUUGUUUAUAUCUCGUAUCACAAUAAGAGAAAGAUCUUUUUAUUGGUCCAGAGUCGAAGAUGGCGUGAUGGUCUUUGUUCUAGAACAGUAGAAUAUCAUCGCUUAGAUCAAAAUGUUAAUGAAGCAAUGCCUUCACUGAAGAUUACCAAUGAUUACAUUUUUUAAAAAACAUUAAUUUUGGGUUUGCUGACUUUGCCUACCUGUUCAUGUAAUAUUGUGCAGGUAUUUGCCAUAAGCAGCUCUCUUACCUGGAUGGCUUUGAGAUUUAAAACUCCUGUAAGACAAAGGAUUUAUUUCUUUGUCAAAAGUCAAGUUUCAAAUCAAAUGUACAGAAAAUAGAUUUAAAUAACUAGUGCGCUUUUCAGUUUUAUGUUGUGUGUCUUCUUUUCUGUCUGAAGCAGUGUUAAUAGUGCUAAUUCAAAAAUAAAGGUACAAAACUUUUUAGGUCCAAUAAAUUAAUGAGUUUGGCAUUGCUGAAUCAAAUUAAUGGUCUCUCUGCUAAUCACUUGUAUGGCUCAUAAAUCCUUGUAUAUUAUAUUACACCGUCUAAAAAAUUAUCACUUUUUCAUGCAUAAAUUGUUUAGUGCUGUAAACUUUUAUCUAAAUAUUUUUUGGUUAACUUAGAUUUUUCUUACCUAUGCCAGACUAGCUCAUGUGACAAACUUCAUAUCCUCUCCAGGUGCUUCUUACAUUAAAGCAUUUUAAAGUAACUGUAUAAAGCAUAUUUUUUUUAAUUUUAGAAGUUGUAAAGCUUACAUUUUCUUUAGAAACCUCCAUUUUGUAUGAAGGUAGUGUUGCUUCUUGAUUGCCCAAGAUUUUCUCUAAUUACAUUUAUAGAUUCUUUAUUUUUAAUUUUUAAACUAGUAAACUGAAAAUAAGCCUCAUAGUAUAAUUUUAAUAAAAUAAAUACACAUAGGUUUACUGUUAGUCCACAUUUUCCCUCACAUUUUAAAGCAGCUUAGGACGUUCUUUCACAAACCUUAAUUUUAUUGCAAAUAUGAGACCCUGGGACUGUAAGAGUAAUUUAUUUUGGUGUUAUUUUGACCCAGGUAACUGGAAAGCAGACUAGAAAAUAAAAGCAUGUGGGGCUGCCAUAACUUAUGGAGAGCACUGCACCUUGCUUUAAUUGUUACACAUUCAAUUAACAUUUGAUUUAGUGUACAGCAAAUUAUUAGGAUGCUAGGUUUUUUACCUCGUCUUUUGUACUUUCACUAUUUAUGUUUUUUUCCAUGAGUUGUAAAGUAUCCAAUUUCAUAGUUUUGCUAUCUGUACAUUAUUUUGAUUUAAUUUUUAGAACUGAUAAAUGUGUAAAUAAUGGCGACUCAGAACCAUAUUUGAUGACUUGGUAUUCAAGCAUUAGUGUAUUGUUUUGAAAAAUUAUCAAAACUUUACAGAUGUUAGCAUGAGAAAAAUUGUGAUGGCAUGAUAUUAUGUAAUGAGUGAAGCAGUUAAACUUUUAAAUCCUACAGUGAAGUACUUUCUUCUUAAUCACAAGAAAGUGAAGCACAAAAAAUACUGGUAUUCGAACUGUUUUCUUGCAGUAAUUUUUAUCAUAUUUGGACUUGUAUCAUUUAAUAUUUUGAAUAAGAUUUUUAAAAUAAAUGACAAGACUAGAA